AGUGCUUUAUAUUGGUCUUGCCUGUAAUACAGCUCGAUACAUUUACAUCUCCUAUCUGGAAAACGCCUGGACUGUUCUUCCAAUGGAAGUACUUCAAGGUGUCACGCACGCGGCUAUAUGGGCAGCUUGUAUUUCGUACCUGAGCGCGGCAGUGCCUCCGGAGCUGAGAACGUCGGCCCAGGGAAUCCUGCAGGGUCUCCACUUGGGUCUGGGCAGAGGAUGCGGGGCUAUGGUCGGAGGGGUUUUGGUCAAUUACUUUGGUCCUGCUGCCACAUUCAGAGGAAUAGGGAUGGCUUGUUUGGUGAUUCUCCUUCUAUUUGCACUGAUCCAGUGGCUGUUGGUUCCUGAUGAAGAAGAAGAAAAGACAAUGCUGGCGGAAAGGAUCCCAGUGCCUUCCAGUCCUGUUCCUAUAGCAACGAUUGACCUAGUCCAACAGCAGUCGGACGAUAUCAUGCCUCGAACUGAGCCCAGACUCCCUCUGAAGAAAACGAAACACCAAGAAGAGCAAGAGGACGUGAACAAGCCUGCCUGGGGCAUCAGCUCUUCUCCUUGGGUCACCUUAGCUUAUGCUGUCUACCAGAUAAAAGAGAUGGUUAAGCUGUCCAAAACCAAUCCAACUCCCGAGAAUCAGCCUUUGCAGAAAAUCAGUGAGAACUGCAGUGCUUCAUCAGCCAGCUCAGCAAGACAACCCCAAAAUCCAACCGAUUCCGGGCAGCCCGGAAAUUGUUCCGCACCAACACCUACAGCACCAUCCGAUUCCCAAGUAGAUGGCGACCACGUUGUGUCGGAUCACGAUGCUCAGCCUGCCACUGCAGGGCUCUGAGAUGCGCUCAUCUUACCAAAUCCAGUGCAUGGAAUUC